UUCUCCACGGUAGCCACACUGCUAUUCUGCUAGUUCUCUCUCAAUUUGGAGAUCAAAAACACAAACCAGUUUGAGGAAAUCAUGGAUUCAACUUAUGACAGGAAAGCUGAAGUGAAAGCCUUUGAUGAUUCCAAAGCUGGUGUUAAGGGUCUUGUAGAUUCUGGAGUCACAAAGAUUCCACGCAUGUUCCAUUCUGGCAAGUUGGAUAUCAUUCAAACCUUAGCCACUGAUUCCAAAUUAAGUGUCCCCAUCAUAGACCUCAAAGACAUACACUGUGAUCCCGUUCUGCAUGCAGAAGCAAUUGCCAAAAUUCGAAGUGCAUGUCAUGAGUGGGGAUUUUUCCAAGUCAUUAAUCAUGGAAUUCCAAUCAGUGUGUUGGAUGAGAUGAUUCAUGGAAUUCGGAGAUUUCAUGAACAAGACAGUGAAGUAAGAAAAGAGUUCUAUACAAGGGAUUUGAAGCAAAAAGUUAUGUAUUAUUCAAACUUGAGAUUGUCCAGUAACCACCCCGUUAAUUGGAGAGACACUUUUGGAUUUGCUGUUGCUCCAAAUCCACCCAAACCUGAAGAAAUACCAUACGUAUGCAGGGAUAUUGCAAUUGAAUAUUCAAAGCAACUAAUGGAAUUGGGUUUUAGAUUCUUUGAGCUAUUGUCAGAGGCUUUGGGACUUGAUCCUUCUUACCUUAAAGAAUUGAAUUGUGGUGAAGGACUCUUUAUUGCAGGUCAUUACUAUCCAGCAUGCCCUGAACCUGAAUUAACCAUGGGUGCUACCAAACACACGGAUAGUAACUUCAUGACUUUACUUCUACAAGAUCAACUUGGUGGUCUUCAAGUUCUUCAUCAGAAUCAAUGGGUCAAUGUUCCUCCUGUGCAUGGAGCUCUUGUUGUUAACAUUGGAGAUCUUCUACAGCUUAUCACAAAUGACAGGUUUGUUAGUGUUUGUCAUCGGGUCUUAUCAAAUAAUACAGGCCCAAGAAUUUCUGUAGCAGGCUUCUUUGUAAAUUUACAAGACCCAGUUAAGGGUACAUCAAAGGUGUAUGGUCCACUUAAGGAACUGCUUUCGGAAGAAAACCCACCGAUGUACAGGGACACCACCUUAAAAGAUUACUUGACAUAUUAUUAUUCAAAUGGCCAGCUUGAUGCCAGCUCUUCCUUGGAACCCUUCAGAUUGUGAAUCAAACAUGGGAACAGAAAUUCUAGCAACACAUUUCUUUUAAAAUACUCUCUCCGACCGAACAAAAUAUAUUGAAAAACACAAAAUUUAAUGGAUUAAACAUCAUAUUUAAUAGUGAAUGUAUUAAGAGAAGUGUAUUAGAAAGUGUGUUGCAUGCUAUUGCUAAGACUCUCAACAUGGGAAUGCACUCUUUAUUCUCAUGGAUCUGACUGUAAUUUAUCUAAAUAAGAAGUCACUUUCUCGUUCAA